AUGGAUAAAUCACAGAGAUUCCUGUCUCUUGUAGCAUUGGUGUUAUCAAUUGUAAUGUACCUGGAUGCAGUGACAGUUAAACGUUCAUUAUGUCCUACAAACAAAAUCGCUCCGCAUAGAUAUGCGUCUAGUUUGAGAGAAGAGAGCCAAUCUCGGACAUUGGGACUCUUAUUUGGCCCUAUGUCUCCCAAUCGUCCAAGGCCUACCUAUAAUAAUAAACCUAAUAAUCUACAAGAUCAGUCACAAGAUGACGACCCAAAUGAUUGCGGUGACAUCGAAGAUUACGACGAAACGGAUAUAAGUUCAAUUACGCGGCCCGUGCAGAAUUAUAUUUAUAACAAACGAGACCAUAGACAAAUAUUCGAUGGCAGCUACGACACUUCGUCGUUCUAUCAAGACCGUAAUAGGCAUCACUCAAUGCACAAGCCACGGCCGCCACAGAGGCCUCAACGUCCGAUAUAUUAUCCUCCUAAUAGGCCUCCAUUUAAUUCUCAAGGAGCAUAUGGUCUAUGGCCUAAUGGUCAUCGACCUCCGUAUCAAAACAAUCCAUCCACUCCUAUUAAACCUGUCCACGAAAACACAGAUGAUAACCCUCAAGCGAUAUACACACCAGGUUUAGUUGGAGGGAUUCUUGGGCAAGUUGUUGGUUUUCCUCCAGUUGUACCCACUUUUUCUAACGAAAGAGUGACAUCACUAAAAAAACCUAGCACACCUAUUGGAUUUUCAGGCGAUGAUACAUACAAUAAACGACGUCCAAGAGCUAAGCAAUCAAACGUAGCCUCGGAUAUCAUUGGAUCUUUUGUGGACUUGUUCUUUAAUUAA